GUUCUAAAAAUACUUUUAUAUACAAAACGUUCUUUACAAAAUUGGCUAGACAAACUGGUUUAAUAAAGCCAUUCAUCCUGUAACUGCAAUAAAUAACGCACACAAUUGUAAAGAGAAAGGCAUUCUCAAACAACACACUUAGCAGUCAUGGAAAUGAGAGCAAUCUAUCUGCUGAUGUUCAGCUGGUUUAUCCAUGUCAGUGAUCUUUAUCCAAACAUCCAUCCCAUUAAUGGACUUCGUGAGUGUCGCAAAAACUCAUCUUUACCAGCACUGCAGGUCCUACCAGGAGGAGGAUGGGACAACCUGCGCAACGUAGACAUGGGACGAGUGAUGAACCUGAGCUAUUCCCAGUGCCAGACAACAGAAGAUGGUGUUUAUCUAAUUCCAGAUGAAGUCUUUGUCAUUCCACAGAAAGAGAGUAAAGUGGGAACUCACUCAAAAAUGAUCAUGUCAUGGCUGGAGCAUACAAGCUAUACUUCAGGCUCUGUAAAUGCAGAAGCAUCCUUUUUUUCUGCGAUCAAUGGAAAAUUCUCCAUAGAAAACCAACGUGUGAAAACCCAACAAGUGAAAGAGAAUUCUGUAACCUCUCGGGUUGAAGUGCGUAACCAUCUUUACACAGUAAAGGCGUAUCCUGAUUUCGCUCUGGAUUCUCGCUUUGUUCACCAGACUAUGGAAAUCGCAGACGCUAUUGAGAACAAUCAAACCCGUCAAGCAACUUAUCUGUCAGAGAGACUUAUUCUUGAUUAUGGUACUCAUGUCAUCACAAGUGUUGAUGCCGGUGCCACUUUGGAGCAGGAGGACUAUUUAAAAAAGUCUUUUAUCUCUAAUAGUCUGUCAAGCAUGUCUUCUGUCUCUGCAUCAGCUGCGUUUAGCUUUUUUGCCAAAGUGAAAUAUGAUUUUACUGACAAGACACACACUAAAGACAGUUAUGAGGGUAACAUCACAUAUUCUAUAAUUCAGAGUCAUGGAGGGGCUUUAUUCUACCCUGGCAUCACUUUGCAGAAGUGGCAGGAGGGCACGCUAAAUAAUCUGGUGGCUAUUGACCGCUCUGGUUUGCCCCUGCACUAUUUUUUCAAUCCAACGACAUUUCCAGACCUUCCAGAGUCAACAAUUACUAAACUAGCUUUAUUAGUGUAUCAGGCUGCAGAGCGUUACUAUGAAGUUAACACCAUUCCCGGGUGUGUAAAUCCUGAUUCCAAAAAUUUUAACUUUGAGGCAAAUGUAGAUGAUGCAUCUUGUGAGGGACCAGCCACCAAUCUUACCUUUGGUGGCAUUUACCUAACAUGCAAUCCAUCGACAUCAGAAGGAAACAUCAUUUGUGAUGGCAAGGCACAGAAGAAUCCAGCAACGGGUGAAUUUUCAUGCCCUAAACCGUACACUGCCACUCUGUUACGCUCUGAGACGGUAGAAAGUGGGUACUAUCAUUAUGAGUGCGGCAAAAAAUGUUAUACAUGUGGUUUGUUUUGGCUGUUCACUUGCUGUGACCCAGUAUGUACUAAUAGUUACAAAGUUCACAGUGCAUUAAUUUCCACCUACUGGUGUUCAACAACACAGAAGACCCAAGAGAACUCUGGAUAUCUUUUUGGAGGUCUGUACGGACCUUCUAUGCAAAACCCAUUUACUAAAUCUAAAAGCUGUCCUGCAAAUUUCUUUGCUCAAAAGCUUUUGUCUAAUGGCAUGAUGGUUUGUCUGAGCAAUGAUUAUGAGACAGGAACAAGAUUCGCUGUUCCUUUCGGUGGUUUCUUUAGCUGUCAGUCCAGCAACCCUCUUGCAGAGGGUAAAUCUCGCUGUCCUCCUCAGUUCAGUCAACAUUUAGCCGCUGUUAGUGAUGGCUGUCAGGUGUUAUACUGUGUCCAGUCAGGUGUGUUCACUGGUGGCGAGUUAAAACCUGUUCGCCUCCCACCAUUUACAAAUCCACCAUUGAUCAGCAUGAUUGCAACAAACACUGUGGCAGUAAUGACAGAAGGCGAUCGGUCCUGGGUGAGAGUUGGAGGAACUAAGACGUGGCGACAGGCAAAGCCUGGUGAAAUAAAUCAAAUGGCAUUAACGUUUGACAGAUCUUCUCAGAUGUCUGGAGGAGAGAAGGCAGGUGUAGCUGUUAGUGUAAUUACUUUAAUUGCUUUUGUAGUGGGAGGAACUUUUUUUUGUGACAAGAUUUUCUGACCUCAGGGAAAGAAGAAAGUGCUUCAUGAGGAACAAAUUGAAAGAGAAAGAGAAGAGGAUGCAAAUUAAUUUGUUUGCGAAUUCUAAUGCAUGUAAUGUAAUCAAAUGAACUGAUAAGUUGUUUUUUGGUGAUGAUAGGUAUAGUUUUCUUUAGAUUCAAGUUGAAUUAUCUCUUCAUUUCUGUUAUGAUUUAAAUGAACAUAUCAAUAAAAUGCU